AGUCCGUUGGUGACCCCUGUGUCCUCAUUAUUUUUUCAUGUCGGUUGCGCGUUGAGAUAAUUUUUUUCCUGCCUAUGUACGUCCGCUGAAUCUAUUAAUAGUGGCGGGGAGGGAGUCUUUCGAGCUCGCGUCGCCAGUGGCGCGGCAGUCUGCUGGGAAGUCAUCGGCGAACGGACGCGUUCCGCCCGCCGUCGAGCUCGGCACGUUCAUCGGUCCGCUGCCGACCAGCAUGGCCGAGCCGAUCUGGCUGUACCAGUUCCGUCUGAUCCUCAUCGGGGACUCCACCGUGGGAAAAUCCUCGCUUCUGCGGCGGUUCACCGACGGGAAAUUCAUCGAGUACUCGGACCCGACCGUCGGGGUGGACUUCUUCGCGAGGCUGAUGGAAGUGGAGCCCGGAAAGAGGGUAAAACUCCAGCUGUGGGACACUGCGGGGCAAGAACGGUUCAGGUCCAUCACAAGAUCGUACUACCGGAAUUCCGUGGGCGCGGUGCUCGUUUACGACGUGACGAACCGGAAGUCUUUCGAGCACCUCGAGUCGUGGUGGCACGAGGCGAAACAGCACACCAUGCCGCACAACAUGGUCUUCAUCCUGGUCGGCCACAAGAUCGACCUCGCGUCCGAACGGGAGGUCAGUCAGGAGGAGGGGCAGCAGUUCGCGCGGACUCACGAUAUGUCGUACUUAGAGACGUCGGCGAAGAACGCGGAAAACGUGGAGAAAGCGUUUUGGCAGGUCACGCGGGAGAUCUACGAACUUGUUGAGAUGGGGGUGAUAAACACGGAAGAGGGUUGGGAGGGAGUGAAGAGCGGAAUGAUGCCCCGGAGUUACAGUACCAUCCCACUGUCUGCACAGCAGGAUAACGGCGGGGAGAAGAAGUGCAUGUGCUCCUGACGGGAAGGGAUUCGCAAGGAAAUGGUCAAAACUCCACGGGAUCCCUGUGCCACUUCCACGACUUCUAGCUCUUGGUUUUGUGUACUUUCUUCCAUGGCUGUCUUCAGUACUAUUACCUGUCCCUCCAUCCUGGGAUGAAAAUUUGCUUGUUGGAAAGGACAAAAAUUAUACACUGGCUGUCCAAAAAAUCUUGUUGACAUGAAAAUGAUAAAACUGUAUUUUCAUGACCUUAAAUAGAUAAUGAAAAUGAACAACAUGGGCAGAAAAUUUCAAGCUUGGAGACAGCCCUGCUUCUUUCUGUUGUAACAGAACUGGCAAAAUUUUUGUCAAAACGACUUCUGACCUGUGCGAAGGAGUCUUUCUUGGCCAGGAUUUGUGUGCACAAACACACUUGAAAUCCUUUUUACAUUUUUUUUUUGUUCAUAGGCAUCUAGAAACAAACAAAUACCCAGUACAUGGACAGUGUAGGCAGACAUCAGAAAUACCUAUGUAUACACAGUGCCAUUUACUUGUACUAAACUGCAUAUGCAGGUUGCGUUUUUUUGCAAGUUGUCAAAUAGCUAGACACAGGAAUUGUGAGCAUUGGUGUUUUGCUGGAGUUUCGACCCACCAAGAAUGGACUGUAAACUAGUCGUGAACCAAAUUUUGUAUCAUAUGAUAGAUAACCAGAGAAUGCUGUGUAACAAAUUGGUACAUCUUAUAACAGAUGUAGAAUCAUGGUGUGAUGAUUUCUGUAUAAUCUGUCACUGCAUUGUAGUGUGUAAGCCAAGUAUUAGUGUAUAGAUAAAUGGUAGAUUAUUAGAUAUGAAAUCUUAUUGAAUAUCAGAUUCUUGACUUGAGGGAGAACAAAGUAGUCCAAAAUGGACGAGCUGUCAAACUUUUUCUGUUUUGGUCAAUAUCGAUAAGGACCUUUAUAUAUAGUUAUAAUGUAUACAAUAGGUGUUGUAAACUUUGAUUACUUUUAGAAAUGAUUAUGUUAAUACUAAGAUCUAAGUUUAAGAAAUCCUCCAAUGGAA